CCGAGCGACCGAGCGAAACGCAGAGAGAGAAAGUAGAGAGAGAGUACGAUAAGUAUUCCCUCUCAGUCACCCCCGCCGACGAUCCUCCUGCCGACCGCCUCCUCCCCCGGCCGUUCCGAUCCUCCCGGCGACGCGACGACAAUGGUGAAGCCGAGCGGCGGCGGCGGCGAUCGGGGCCCCCCGCUGGCGCCGUUCCUCAGCAAGUGCUACGAGAUGGUGGAGGACGAGGCGACCGACCCCAUCAUCGCGUGGGGGAGCGCCGGCGACACCUUCGUCAUCUGGGACAUCACUCAAUUCACCCUCCAGUUGCUCCCCCACUACUUCAAGCACUCCAACUUCUCCAGCUUCAUGCGCCAGCUCAACAUCUACGGUUUCAGAAAAGUUGAUUCAGAUCGUUGGGAAUUCGCAAAUGAUGGAUUCAUCAAAGAUCAAAAGCAUAUGUUGAAGAAUAUACGCAGGAGGAAGAAUGUUCAGGUUGUGGAUCAGAAAAAAUCAUUGCAGAAGCAGGAUAAUUCCGUUGAAGAAGUCGAUAAAAUUAAAAUAGAUGGGCUUUGGAAAGAAGUUGAAAAUUUGAAGAUUGAUAAGACAGUCCUUUCGCUGGAGUUAGGUAAAGUUAGACAGCUCCAGGAAACUUCAGAUAAUAAAUUGGUCCUCCUGAGAGACCGUGUUCAGGGAAUGGAAAAUAAUCAGCAGCAGAUGUUGUCAUUCUUAGUAAUGGCAAUGCAAAACCCAGGGUUCUUGGUUCAGCUGGUCAAGCUGAAAGACAAUCACUGUCGCGUGACUGAAAUGGGUAACAUGCUGGAACCACAAGGAGCAGAAAGUGGAUCAUGGAUUUCUGAGGGAACAAUAGUGAAGUACCAGCCUCCAACUGAUGGAAAAACAAACCCUGAAUUAUCCCCGUUAUCAGGCUUGGGGGAAACGCCAAAAUCUGGUCCUUCUUUUGAUGGGACAAGGGAUGUUUUAAUGAACAACGAUCUUAUGUCGAUGCUCAUGAAUGAAAAAUUCUCUUUGGAUACUCCACUGAUAUUUCCAGACUCUCCUGAUGACAAUGCAUGGGAAAAACUGCUUUUAGCUUGUCCUUUUAUUGAGAGCGCCAGUGAGAAAAGGCAAGACAAUGAAGGACCCAAUUAUUUGGGCAUGGAGACAGAACCAGCAUUUUCUGGAGCGAGCUCAGUCUCUACUGAUUUUGAAGCUUUAAUGAGAAUGAUGGGGAACCCUCAGGAAGCUGAGACUGAGUCAGAUGUUGAUGGAGAUGAUUGGGAGGAUGCUCCAAAUGUUGAUUUUCUAGCGGAGCAACUGGAAUACUUGGCUUCCAAGGCUUGAUCUCAAGCUUCAGGCAACAUAAGAGCAUUUGGCUUUUGGAAGGGUAGCUGCAGCUUAAGUUUUAUAGGGGGCUACUCUGGUUUCUUCUGCAUACUAUAACAUAUUUGGAAAUGCUUGAUGGAGCUUUCCUGCAAAGACAUAAGUUAGUUUCUAACUGCCGACUUUUAAGCAAUCAGAUACAGCAAUGCACGCAAUGCUGGGAAACUAGUGCAGUUAAGGAUGAUUGCAAUACGGAGUGGAGAUUACAUAAUCUGAUUGAAUCUUAAGAAAAAGAAAAGUCAAUAGUAUCGUGUUUUCUACCCUGAAUAUGAUGCAGGAAAUUUUCCCGAUGAAGUUCCCUUAUUGAUGGUGACAUUCCUCUUGGCUGUUGGUUAUUGACAGGAUUCAUGUGGGUGGGCAACUCGACAUGAUCUUUUUCUUCCAGCCCCUGUGGUGAACCACAAAAUGUUGGACUUACCUUUCCAAAUGACUUUGUAAAUUACUUGCAGAGAAUCAUAAUAUGGACGCCACUUUUUCGGUGGCUUAUUAGUAUUUUGUACAUUGCAAUUCCUCUCAGCAUUGUCAGAGGAGUUUGAAAUGGCUAUGAAAGUAUGUAUUCAUUCGCCUGUUA